GAGCGGAAUGCGGUACAACCAGGAUUCAGGACAAGCUAUACCACUGGUCGUCGAGAGCUGCAUCAGAUACAUCAACUUAUACGGACUCCAGCAGCAAGGGAUCUUCAGAGUGCCAGGAUCCCAGGUUGAAGUCAAUGACAUCAAAAAUUCCUUUGAGAGAGGUGAAGACCCGCUUGUGGAUGAUCAAAAUGAACGAGAUAUCAAUUCAGUCGCUGGCGUUCUAAAACUGUAUUUCCGAGGACUGGAAAACCCGCUCUUUCCUAAGGAAAGGUUUCAAGAUUUGAUAUCUACUAUUAAACUGGAGAACCCAGCUGAGAGGGUGCACCAGAUCCAACAAAUCCUCAUCACCCUUCCCCGCGUGGUCAUCGUGGUCAUGAGAUACCUCUUCGCUUUCCUCAACCACCUCUCGCAAUACAGUGACGAGAACAUGAUGGAUCCCUACAACCUGGCCAUCUGCUUCGGGCCCACGCUCAUGCACAUCCCUGAUGGGCAAGACCCUGUGUCCUGCCAGGCACAUGUCAACGAAGUCAUCAAAACCAUCAUCAUCCACCAUGAAGCCAUCUUCCCCAGCCCCCGGGAGCUAGAGGGACCUGUGUAUGAAAAAUGCAUGGCUGGAGGGGAAGAAUAUUGUGACAGCCCACACAGCGAGCCAGGGACCAUCGACGAAGUUGACCACGACAAUGGCACCGAGCCUCACACCAGUGAUGAGGGUGAGUGA